UCUGUAAGGAAACCUCCCAGCACCUCUAAUUGCUACAAGUGCCUGACAUUUUGAAUUGUUCUCCCGUCUUAUCUCCGCAAUGGCUCUUAAGUGGGAGUGAGACUGAAGUGAGGAUGCCGGACAAGGCCAGUGGGGAUUCGCAAAAGAAAUCAGUGGGAGAGAUCAGCCAUCAACACGAGCAGCCUCAAGAUGAGAGGCAGGCGGUGCAGACGAGAGCCUUCACCAGGUGGAUGAAUGUGUUUCUGCGGAGAAGUGAUCCUCCUGUUAUAGUGCGCGACCUGUUCACAGACAUUCAGGAUGGCAGAAUACUGAUGGUGUUGCUGGAGCAGCUGUCUGGUUGCAAACUACUUUACAGGUUUAGGUCGUCUCCCCACCGCAUUUUCAGACUUAACAACAUUUCUAAGGCCCUGGCUUUCCUGGAUGAUAGACAUGUGAAGCUGCUUGGCAUCGAUGCCUCUGGUAUUGCUGAUGGCGUCCCUUCUGUUGUUCUUAAUCUCGUCUGGAACAUCAUCCUGUAUUUUCAGGUAAAAGAGGUGACGGGAGGCCUCCAGAGGCAUUUGUCUUCCAGCCUCUCUUCCUUAUCAAUGAGCAGUUACUCCUCCUCCAGUGACCUCUCUCCCCAGCCAAAUGACAUUGGCAGCUACUCCUGCAAAACCCUGCCAGGCAAAGGUAGAAAGGCUGCCAGGGAGCCAAAGUACCAUGGGAAAGCAAUCAAGACUCUGCUGCAAUGGAUCCAAAGAUGCACAUCAAAGUUUGGGGUGGAGGUGCAUGAUUUCGGGAAGAGCUGGAGGAGUGGGCUGGCAUUCCUAGCUAUGAUUAAGUCCAUAAACCCAGCCUUGGUUGACCUGAGGGAGAGUCUGUCCAGAGAGCCAAGAGAAAACAUCCAGCUGGCUUUCAUGAUAGCCCAUCACAGUUUGGACAUACCACCUCUACUGGAGCCAGAAGACGUGUCGUGCACUUCACCAGACGAGCAGUCCAUCAUCACCUACGUGUCUAUGUUCCUGAGGCACUGUUCAGGAAUAGAUGAGCAUCAUACAACAGAUAUUGAAGUUCCUGAGAUCCCAAAUUUUGGAUCACUUGAGUCAGUCAGCUUUGGGGAGACCCUCGCGGAUGACCCAGAAGCGAAAGCUUUGCUCAAAGGCUUUGGGAGGAGCAGCGAGCAGCAACUGUGGAAACAGUGGGCCAGAAGACCCUCAGGGAGCCCCUGUGCCACCUCACUUCAUGCGAGCGGAGCAGUUACUUCUGGCCUUUCCCCCAGCAGCGGUGACAUCUUUUCAUCCUGCCGUGGCCAAAGCGUCAGUGAGCAGCCUGUGGGCAGCGCUGCCGCCUCACCGUUCAACAAAAAGAAAAGCAGGCCUCGAAGCGGUUUAAAGCCACCCAGUCCGCUGGACGCAGCCGUAGUCAGCCAGGAGAUCCGAUCGUGGAUGGAGAAAGUGUCUGCAGAUCAGGGCUACAACAAACCAAGAGUGGAUGAAAGUCACUUUUCUUUGAGCUCUGAGGAGGGAAUCUUGUCAGCACUGGACUCAGAUGAGGAGGAGGCUUACAACUACAUCCUGGAUCUGAAUAAAGACGUUUUUCAACCAUUUAAUCCGCUGAAAAGACAAGUUCAGAGGGUCGAGGAGGAAACAGCGGAGGAAAUGUUCCUGAAUGGACAGCAGGCUGAAGAGACUAAACAUCUGGGAGGGUGUGGGCUGCUCAACGGCGGUGGAUGUAAACAUCAAGAGGGCUCACUUGUGCAAAAUGUUGGAUCAGUCAGGGCUCAGUCAGCGGUUCACAGGAAGUUUGACUGGGACAAGAAUGAAAGUAGUUCCAGAGAGAUGACAAACAGCAGAGCUGUGUUUGACAUGGAGCCAGAGGAAGAAAGCACAAGCAGAGAGGAACGCGAAGAAGAGAGAGCUGUCAGAAGGCAGAGUAAUGAUGAUGCCGAUUAUUGUGAGGAAGGGAGGAAAAAGGAGAUGACAGAAAAUGCUAGACUGCAUGGAUUUGAUAAAACUGAGGCUCUGGUAGAUGAAACCAAGAAAACAAAGCCUUUUGAAGAGGCUAGGUGGAAGAAAGAGCUUGAGGAGAACACUGAAAGAGGGAUUUUUGAGAAAUGGGGAGAAGCGAGUGAGCAGAGAGUAGUAGACAAGGAGGAAGAGGAAGACAAUUUGAUGCCAUUUGAGGAAGGGAAGGACAUAACGUUAAGGAAAGAAAAUGAGGGAGAGGAUAAUGUAAACGAGGAAGAGAGGCAGAGUCAGCAAAGUGUUGGUGAGGCUGUGUAUGAAGUCAGAGGAGCCGGUGCAACUAGAAUUAACACAGAAGAAGGAGAUGGUGGGAAAGCCAGCGCCUUCACAAUGGAUGUAACUUGUAGAGGUGAAGUCAAGGAAGGAUCCAGUGAUGAAGUCGAGAAUUCAGUGGAUUUGGAGGCAGUUAUGACGGCAGAGGAGAACGACAGGGAACGUAAGAUCAAGAGACGCAAACUGACUGACAAGAAGGCAACAGCAGACCAUCGUGGUGAAACUACCCCAGAAAAUGACACUAAUGGAGGUGUUAACGUCCACGGUGGUGAUACUAGUUGGACUCCUGCCUGCAGUACAGCCUCUCAGUCAUUCAGCAGAGGGCGAGGAUUCAUUCUUCAAUAUUCAGCAGCCUCUUGUGACAUCACCCCAUUAGAGCUGGAAAUGCUCUUGGUCCUGUGGAUUCUGCUCUACUGCUGCUUCAUGCUACCCCAGACGAACCUCUGAGUCCUCCUGCAGCACGCCCUUAUCAUUAAUGUAUGCUUAUUAGCCCAAAUUCCUUGAAUGAGCCAAACGGGGACACUUAGCGGUAACUUGACUCUUUAUCUGUGUCACUAAGUUUCCCUCAAGGCAGCAUUUAACGAUUGUGUUUGCUUUUUGCUGCCAGCAGAAAUAAUUUGUCAUUUGGGCUGUGGUUUCAGAUGAACGCACAGUGGUGUUAUAUCCACGACUAGACAUUGUUUUAGUGACACACACAUUAUUACAGGGUGUUUUUGCUAAACGCGUGUCCAAAAUGCUCCCUUUCUUUGAUUUACUGUUCUGACAGAAACCCUCCUCUCAGCUUCAGUGGACUUUAUCGGCCACAUGGUGGCAUCGCAGCAUCAUGGCAGCGACGGUCUCACAUGACAGACUUUUUUUUUUACUGUGACUGCUGAGAAUCACCUAUGACCUGCUGUUCAAUUAGAAGCUGUAUUGACAUGGCUGAUAAGCUGAUAAUAUCUAAUGACAACUUUGAAAUUUCGUAGACUCUCACUGUGCCACUUCUGGCUAAGAAUGUAUACAGUUUCAUUGUUUUCAUCUCAGAUACUGGAUGGUCGUUAAAGCUUAUCAGCAAUGCAAGCUUUUUUCAAGACUCUUUGGUGACUAUGAGAUAUAAAUAAAAAAUCAGAUACUUGUU